AUGACUAUUCAAAAUGUUUCAAUAGACAUUAUCAUUAAUUGCACCAAUGACAUAUCUAAUGGUCUGUGUCUCUACGGUCAGACUCUAUGGCCAAAAAACGAUGGUCCGAUCAACAAGGACAAAAUUAUCGGUGGGAAAAUAGCGGCGAUUAAGAAAUUUCCCUACCAGGGUCAACUGAUCGCGCGGGGGAGGAUGAAGUGCGGCGUGAGCAUAAUAUCGGAUUAUUGGCUGGUCACGGCGGCGCACUGCAUCAUCGGCACGCAGUUCCUGCUGCCGCGCAAAAUCAUCACGGGCACGCGCUUCAAUCGGCGCGGGGGUACGCUGCACGAGAUCGAUUACAUAGUCGAGCAUCCGCGCUACGAUUGGAGGAUCUACGACAACGAUAUCGCUCUGAUCAAGUUGAAAAAACCGAUAGUAUUCGACGCGACGCAACGGCCCAUCCAGCUGACCGAUCGACGCGUCAAAGUGGGAGAUAAAGUUCUCAUCUCGGGCUUUGGACACACGGUGGUAAGUUUUUUAUGGCAAUCGCACUAUCGAACCUGCAUAAAAUUCCUCGUCCGCGCAGAACACGGAGGCAUCACCUCGCAACAGCUGCUCAAGGCAACGGUCUACGCCAGCGACCACGAGUCCUGCCGCCAGAUCUAUCUGCAGACCAACGACACCGUCACCGGCAACAUGUUCUGCGCCUGGGCCUUGGCCAAGGACGCCUGCCAGGGCGACUCGGGCGGCCCGGCGGUGGUCAACGGCAAGCUGGCCGGCAUCGUGUCGUUCGGCGACGACUGCGGCUCGGCCACCUUCCCCGGCGUCUACACCGAGGUGCACAACUAUCUGGCCUGGAUCGCCCGGGUCACCGGCGAGACGAGGAAGGGCGUAGAGGUGUGGGCGGCAGCGAACGUGGAAAAGGAUCCCGUCGUGGUCGAGGAGAAGGUCAGCGCCCAGAAGGUCAGUUUGAGUAGCGUCGAGAAGGAGGAGGAGGAGGACGACGAGGAGACCGACGUCGACGACGAGGUCGAGGAUUAUUACGACGACUGGCCCAAGUACAUGUUUCCGCCGACGAAGAAGGCGAUCGUGAAGAAACAGCCAUCGUCGUAUCUGCACACGGCCGCCGAAUACACCAAGUCGACGAUCAAUGCGAUCGCCAACAAGGUCGGAUCGAUCCUGGGCAAUUCGAAAUCAUGAUAUAUCGGCUUAAUAAAUAUUGUAAUUGAAUAAAUAAACGGAA